GAAAAUGCAAAUCUCAGACACAAGACUCUGAGUUGUGCCCCUUAAUUUUUGCUUUCAAGUGAUGAGUUUUAAUGUUCUCCAGAACUCACUGUCACCACCAGUCUGAAAGAUGGUUCCAAAUGUCAUGUUUGAUCAAAAGGUUCCUGUGCUAACCUACGCAGCAUGCGAAUGGUUCCUCAUAUUCCUCAUGCUUAUCGACGCUCUCCUCUCCUAUCUCCUCGUCUGGUUCGCACGCUACUGCAGACUGCAGAUGCCAUGUUUCCUCUGCUCCAAGAUCCUUCAUCCUCUCCACUGGAGACUGCUCAUCUGCAGAAACCACAGAUCAGAGGUCUCAUCUUACAUGUCGUGUCUAAACCACGACAACAAGCUCGCCGACUGCCGAGGAAUGUGUAACGAUUGUCUAUUGUCCUUCACCAAAACGACCGGUCCGAAUCCAGACGUGAACAGAUUGCUUCUAGGGAAGCUAGGGUAUGAUCUGCUCUCCACAAGCCACUCUGCUCACCUUAGGUCGUGUUCUUGCUGCGAUAAACCGUGGAGGGCAAGGCACCAUACGCAGAGACUGAUUAGGUUAGGCUCUCGUGGAAGAAACUCUAAACCUAACAUUCCUGCUCCGAGGCAUCAUCUUACCCGAAGAGGAAGCGGUGGGAGUUUGAAGAAGAUGAGAGAUCGUAGACCGGCGACGAGCGGUGGUGAGUAUGUUGACGCUGGAAGCCGCAGCGACGGUGUGGCUCACGCAGGUUACACAGAGCUGAAGGUUCACUCCGGCUCUGAGUCUGACUUUUUGUUUACAGAUGAUGAUGCUUUCCUCCAGAUGACUGACUUCAAUGUUGUUGAUCCACCUGAGACACGUGUUCGCAAGUCUCGGUCUAGGACAUCGUUUGAAGACAAGAAGACACCGAAGCGUAAACAGGAUGUGCAAGACAAUAAGGAUAAGAACAAAGAUUAUAAAAACGUCGGAUCUCCCAUGCAUGAACGUAAGAUUGUAGAUAAGACUCAAGACCAACCACCUGUCCCACUAGGAGAGCAUGCAUCUGUAAUCUUUGAACUUAUAACUAUGAGUGAAGCUCGUCCAUUCUCACUGGACUUACCUCAAGAGGACAAUGCAGGAGCAUCAACACAAAACGAUAAUGAAACUGAGCCAAGUGGCAACUCAUCUCCUUCUGGUGGAGAGUUUUUGAGUCGUAGAGAAAACUCUGCCUCUCAGGAACUCCAGAUUCAAGAGCAUGAUGAUUCCGCAGACUCUGCUCAAAACAUAUCCGAUUCGGAUGUGAAGAUGGAAGAAUCUGAUGCAACUAUGGAGCAAAAAGUGUCUGCUCAUCAGCCUGAUUCUGUUGCAGAUAACGAGGAAGAUGGAGCUGAAGAAGAUUGCAAGCCGUCAACGUCAGAUGCUCCAGCACAUGAACAGUCUAGUGAGGAAGAAAAAGAGACUAAUGAAAAGAAUGUUGCAGAAGAGUACUUCAGUAAUGAAGAAGUGGAAGAGGUCAACGAACACUCGGAGCCGUUGACCUCAAAAGAAGUAUCUGUCUCAGCUGAAGAACAAUCCAGUGAGGAAGUAGAAGAUAGUCAUGAAGUAGAUGAUGUGGACAAUGGAGCCUCUGAACAGUUGACAUCAAACAAUGCAACUGGUUCUGCCACAGAAGAACACUCAGUUAAAGAAGAGCAUGGAGAUGAUCAUGAAGAGACUGAUCCUUUGACGUCACCAAAACUCUCCAGCCAAGAACCCUCAUUACAACAUAGCGACAAAGAUUCCUCAAAGGUAACAGAAACUCAAUCCACUUCAAAGGAACCACCGGAGCUAAAAAACUCUGCAUCCGUGGAGUCCUUUGCAAGCAUCAGCAGCGACAUCGAGGGCGAAAGUCUCGUUGAUCUGCUGAAGCAACAGCUAGAGUACGACAGGAAAUGUCUAAGAGAAUUAAGCAAAGAGUUAGAGGAAGAAAGAAAUGCGUCGGCAAUCGCUACAAACGAAGCGAUGGCAAUGAUCACAAGGCUGCAGGAGGAGAAAGCGGCUCUCCAGAUGGAAGCGUUGCAGUACCUGAGAAUGAUGGACGAGCAAGCCGAGCACGACGUCGAUGCGCUUGAGAGAGCAAACGACGUUUUGGCUGACAGGGAAAAGGAGAUACAAGAUCUCGAGAUGGAGUUGGAGUACUAUAGAGUGAAGUAUCCAGAUGAGUCGAGAGAAGAGAUCCUCGCCAGCAUGGGAGUUCUUGAGGGUGUAGAAACGAGUGGAAACUCAGAAACUGAUGAGACUAGCGAGAAAGUUCCAACAUAUGCUUGAAAAAAAUUUCAACGUUUCCAGAAGCUACAAGAGUGCUGAAAAUGGAAGCUCCAAGGACUGAGACUAGUGAUGGUCAAAGGAGAGUCAACAGAAUAAUCUUCCCAACAUGGAAAGUCAUUCUUUCGAGCAACACAGGAAGGGAAAGAAGGAGUUGUUACCUUAGAGAAUGAGAUUUUAAACAUUUGGAGAGCUUCUGUAUGUAAUAAUAAGGAGAUGUUAGGAGUUAGUUGAAGACAAAGCUCUGGAGGUUGACAGAAGAUGAAUGAUUUGCCUGUAACCGAAUCAUUUAUUAUUCCUUUUGUUAGUGUUAUUUAAAGGAUCGGAGA